AUGUUCCUGUUGGUAUUUGAUGCUUGUUUAUGUGCAGAGGGAUCGCAUCAGCUGAUGAAUGCUUCUUUGGCAAUCAACUCGGUCGAUCUUGUGCUCAAACGUCUUUCAAGUCUUUGCACUUUGAUUACAUUUGACAAGGUUACCAUGAGAUGGCCGGGCCGAUGCGAGAUUCUGUUAUCGCCAAAAGUACUUCCAGGCGUUAGAUUAUUUAUUGACGGGGCCCACACGUCCGAAUCGAUUGGCCUGGCAACAAAGUGGUGGAACGACGCAAACAAGCCGUAUCGGGCGUCCUCCAAUUCAUACCUCCUGUUCUCUUGCUCUGAACAGCGGAAUUCUAAAUACAACCUUUUCAACGCUGUUUUGGAACAAUCGGAAACCCCUUUUGCUGCAAUAUUCAAUGUCGAUGCCGAAAAGCUGAGGGCGCUCCAGUAUGUCGAUGGGUUUUGUCCACAGUUUUCUGUUGCGAAUGCGGAGGUGCUAAAAUUGCGCAAUGGCGUGGAUUUUCACAUUUCAGACCCCAUAAACAUGCUUUCAACGCUAAAAUCCAACAUACCUGAAGGCUCAAACCUGCUGGUCGUUGGGAGCCUGUUCCUUGUGGCCACAAUUUUCAACAUUUUGGAUAUUCCAGUGUUUGGCCACGCCACCACCUUUCAGUAUUAA